AUGUUCAAUUUGACAAUCGAUGAAGUGUUCGACUCGGCAAAAGACACAUUUGCUUUAACAUACUUUUUCAUUUUUCUGGCACUAAUUUUAUGUUUUUUGACUCCAAUAUUCCCAAUAACCAAUCAUUUUUACGAGAUUGCCAAAGUUUCGUAUUUUCUAUUUUUGUAUAUAGUUAUCUCAUUUCUGUUGAUGUUCAUUUUGUCCAUUAAUGAUUCUGCUGGUUAUGCUACACUAAGCUGUGUAACCUUUAUUGUCACCUGUUUCUCCUUAUACGUAAUUGUUCAAGUUUGCCAACUCCUUAUAUCAUUUCUGGCUAUCCAAAGAUUAUUCUUAUAUUUUCUACCAAAUUCCGAAAAGUACUUGAAAAAGGUUCAAAAUCUUCUAAUUACCAAUAUUCCCUAUAUUUAUAUAAUUUUUGCAAUUAAAGACAUCUUGGGCUUAAUUCUUGGUUUCGGCUGUGAAGCUUUGGAGUGCAGUGAGCAGAAAAAGAUGAAUUUCAAACUUUUCUAUAUUUCAACUUUUUUUAUAAUUAACUUUUUGUUAAUUAUCUCUGCAAUUCUGUAUAUUCCUAUUACUGUAAGUGUAUGGAAAUUGUCCAAAGAAAUUUCGAAGAACAACACUUAUAAAUACAUUUUUUAUCAGACUCUGGUAAUUUUGAUUUUCAAAUCGUUCUCCAUACCUUUUAUUCUGCUAAUGGUCGUUCCCUAUUUGUCCAGUGGUCUUGUCUCGAUUUCAAUUGCUGUAAUUGUGAUGGACAUUAUAAUUAUCCCCCUAAUUAUUCAAUUAUCUUAUCUGGGGUGUAACAAACGAAAUAUUCAGAUUUUGUUCAAGAAUUUUAGCUUUUCCAAAUUUUUGAAGGUUUUAUUGGAUUUCGAAGGAAUGGAAUCGACGGUUCAACCUGGAAUUAACUCGACGAAUUCAUCAAGAACAUCUCGGAAUCGAAAUUUGGGAUCUAAUUGA